AUGUUUUCCACGUCUUUGUAUCGUCAAAAUUUAUUAAAAAAUGUUUGUUAUAGAGUUAAAUUAUUAAGUAAUUUAAAAUGUCAAAAACAAAAAUGGAAAACAUUUUCAGAUAAUUACAUGUCGUAUCAUGAAAAAAGAGGAAGCGAAAUUAAAAAUGUCGAUAGACAAUUGCCUACGUUAAUUUACGUACAAAAUCCAAUAACGUGGUUUAUAAAUAAAAUUGAUUUUAAAAUGUUAAAAAGCGCUUGGGAUUCGGAUUUUGACGAAGCUGAAUUUAAACGUGGAACAAUGCAGGCAGUGUCAGUUAUAUGUACUUUAAUAUCGAAAAAUUUAUGGGAAAAUUUAAGAGGUUUAGUCGCUCGACAAGCAUUGGUAAGAUUGCAAAGAGAUGUCGAAGUUAAUUGGACUGACCAACAAAGGAGAAAUAUUUUUUUAGAUCCAUCAGAUAUUAAAUUAGCACUCACGAAAAAAGUACACUUUUUAAAAUUGGCAGAUAAGAAAUUUGUCGAUGUUGACAUGCUUUUUGUCGGAUUGAAAUUUAAAAAUAACGAACCUGCAUUUGGAAAUGAUUUAGUCUUAGUCGAAUUGGUCGCCAGAUUUCAUAGAAAUUAUUCACUCGGAGAAAUCCCUAAUUGGACUGUCACAUUAUUUAAAGUUACCCGAUUUAAUGGUACACCUUAA